AUGGGCAACUCCGGGAGCACAGCUCCUGCAAGCUUAGGAAAGACCCAUGUUCCACAUUUCAAAUGGAAGGUCCAUGACUUCUCAGCGCUACUUGAGAUGAAGGCUACCUCAGCGUUCUCUGCUGCUUUUGACUGCUCUGGAUACAAGUGGCUCCUGCAAGUGACUCCAAAGCACAAGCAAGAUGUUAAGGGAAAUCCAUACGUGGCUCUUUCUCUUAAGAUAGCCCACGCAUGCUUGGAGCUAGGUCACAUUGUGCAUGCAGUGUUCGAGUUGUCAAUAUUCAACCAUUCAAAAGAAAAGUAUUGUGGAUGCAAAGCUAGCUACAAUUUUGAUUUCAAGAAUGCCUACUCGGAGCAGCAUUGCUUGAUUCCUCUUCAAGAGCUACUGAAAUCAUCUGCUUUUCUAGUUGAUGAUAGCUGUGUCUUUGGUGUGAAGAUAUUAAAAAUUGAUGUCUCUUCUCCUGAAAAGAAAGCUGUUGUGGUUCAGAAGAAGGCUACCACAGUUCAGAAUCUAUUUGUCCAGAAGAAGGGGUUCAUUAAAGGGACAUACACUUGGACCAUGAACAAUUUCCUUGAAUUGGACUUGAAGCACUUCGUCCGUUCUCCUACAUUUGAAGUUGGCGGACAUAAAUGGUAUAUCGGCAUGUAUCCGCGUGGUGACAAGUACAGCACUGAUUGCCUCAGCUUGUACUUAUUCGUGGAUACCUCGGAUGAGGUACCUUCAGAGUCUGGGAAGGUGGUUGAAAUGACACUCUCCAUCUUGAACCAAAAGAAUGGGAAAUACUGGACUAGAACUUCAGGUCUCUGGGUAUGUGGACAUAGUUGGGGAUGGCCUAACUUCACUGGGCUCAAGAAACUCAAGGACCCGUCGGCAGGCUAUGUUGUGGGAUCCAGAUGCCUUGUUAAGGCAGAUCUCGCCAUCGUUGGUUCAUCCAAUGAUGUUACCUAA